AUGGCAGCAAAGCAGAAUUUUCAGUGCCUGGAGGACCACCUUUUGUGUCCCAUCUGUCUGGAAGUCUUCAAGCAGCCCUCGAUGCUACCAUGCGGUCACAGCUACUGCAAGAACUGCAUCCUCUCUCUAUCUGGAAAUCUGGCUGGCUGUUUCACUUGCCCUGUGUGUCGGAAGGCAGUAGACAGCGGGAGCUCUUCCCCCAAUGUCUCACUGGCUCGUGUCAUUGACACCCUGACAGUAAUGAGUGGGUCCAACGGCAAUCAGGAAAACUGCAGGGAUCACCACAACCCACUGAGCCUGUACUGUGAGAUGGACCAGCAGAUAAUCUGUGGGCUCUGCGGAAUCAUUGGACAACACAAGCAGCAUAAGAUAACCCCACUCUCCAGUGUGUAUGAGAGAAUGAAGGAACAACUUGCUUUGCUAAUAACAGGAGCUCAGAUGCAAAAGAACAACAUAGAAGGGCAAAUGAACAAGCUGAUGCACAACAAGACCCGUAUCAUUAAUGAAUCUGAUGUCUUUAAAUGGGUGAUUCAGAAAGAAUUCCAGGAACUCAGAAGUUUUGUUGAUGAAGAAGAGGCAAACAUCAUCCAGACCGUAGAGUUAAAAUGUACAACAGCUGUUCAGUCAAUUGACAAACAAUUAGAAGAGAUGUCCAAAACUCUAAAGGAGUUUGCUGAAGUUGAGGUUUCAUUGAAAAAACUGAGCAAUGAAAAUCACUUAGAUUUCAUAAGAAAGUACAGUUCAAUUGUCUCAAGUUGCAAACAGGUGCCACAGCCACUGUCAGACAAAACCUUCAGCACCAUCUCCUUCAAACCUGGCUUUAGACAUGAUGAUAUCAAACUGACAGUCUGGAAAAAACUGCAGAAGAGGAUUUUACCAGAACCAGAGGAAUUAAAAUUGGAUCCAAGCACCGCACACCCAAUUCUAAUUAUAACCAACAGUAGCACCAGGGUAGAAUGUGGAACAUACCUCAAGCGCUUGUCAAUAAUACAGGAGCGAUUUGACUACAACACCUGCAUCCUUGCCAACAAAGGUUUUUCCUCGGGCAAGCACUAUUGGCAAGUGAUUGUCAACGAUAAGAUGAAGUGGCGUCUUGGUGUCAUCAAAGGGACUACCACCCGCAAAGGAAAGCUAAAUAAAACUCCAGAGAAUGGAGUCUGGAUGAUCGGAGUGAAGGAGGGAAAGAUUUAUGAGGCGUACAAGAAUCCCAAAAUCCAACUUUCACUAUUUGUGAGGCCGCGUAAGAUUGGCGUGUUCCUGGAUUAUGAGGGAAGGCGACUCUCAUUCUACAAUGUGGAUAAUCCCGAUGAGUUGAGCUUAAUCUACACUUUUGAUGCAGACUUUCAAGGGAAGAUUUAUCCAAUUUUUGACCUUUGCUGUGUUGACAGAAGUGACUUAGCACCUAUCACACUUUGCCGUGUAUAAACGCCUCCAACCACACAGCAAGAAGCAUCAUGUAUAGCCUGUAACUUCACUAUGAUAUCAUGACAGCCAUUUUGCUGUCAUAAUUACUGCCACCUGAUUUUGUAACACGGUUCAUCCAAUGAAAGGCAGAACUCAAAUGACUAGCAGAUCUCCUGUGUGAUCUAAACAUGGUUGUAAUGUUUAGCUGUAAGUUGGACCUCUAUUUAAUGGAGCCUAUCCCUUUAUGGCUACGGAUCUGUGUGGGGCGCUAGUUUUGCAUAAACUGUCAAAAUGCUCGGAAUUUGUUAAGGUCAAAGAAGGCAAUUAACUUGGUAAAUUUCUGGCUCCAGGUCAAAAGAACCAGUCAUGAAAGGUCUGGCUUUCUCUCUCAUUUUUUCAAGAUUGUUUCCAUCUGUAACAAAGAAUCAUAUUUGAUACGUGGUGUCUAUUGGGUGACAUUUGGAAUGUAACAGCAGUGUGAGAGAUGUGUUGGAUGCAAGCUAUUUGUCAUAUAUUAUACAUUGAAUCCUAUAAUCAUACCAUAAAAUCUUAUGGCACAGGAGACAUUUAGACCAUUUUACCUGUGCCAAUUCUUUGAAAGAGCUAUUCAGUUAGUCCCAACCUCUUCUUUUCCCAUAGCCCUACUAACUUCUUCCCUUCAUGAAUAUAUCCAAUUCCUGUUAUGGUUGAAUCUGUUCCACUGUCCUUUCAGGCAGUGCAUUCCAGAUCAUAAUAACCUGAUGCGUAAAAUAAAUUCUCCUCAUCAUGCCUCUAGCUCGUUUGCUAAUUACUUUAAUCCUGUGUCCUCUGCAAGUAGAAACAAUUUCUCCUUAUUUAUUCCAUCAAUACCUCUAUUAAAACUCCUCUUAACUUGUUCUUCUCUGAGGAGAAUACCUCCAACUUCUCUAGUCUCUCCAUGAAUCUGAAAUCCCAUAUCCCUGGUAUCAUUCUUGUAAAUCUCCUUUCCACCCUCUCUGAGGCCUUGACACCCUUUCUAAAGUGUAGUGCCCAGAAAUGUACAUAAUACUCCAGGUGAGGCUUAUCUCAUGAUUUGUAAAGGGGUGGUAUAAUUUACUUGCUUAUGUACUCUAUACCUCUAUUUAUAAAGCCAAGGAUACCAUGGCUGGGAUUUUCAAUAGGAGGCAGUAUUAGGACCCAUUGUGGGUGGACAUUGAAAAUUGGGGUCCUGGUGGUUGUCUCCAGUUUCUGACAUCUUUGGGAUAGUCUUGGAUUUUCCAAGGGAUGGAUCGGGGAAGCUUUCUGAUGCCAAUUAACAUCUCCUAGAUUUUUGAGGGGCC